AUGGCUAUCCCACGCCCAAUCAACGACAGCACCUUCAACAACAUCCUGCUCAGAACGAGCACACCCGCCCCUGAUGAGAAAGUGCUCAUGUACCUCGAGGGCAUGCGCGGCUCCGGCGAUGGGAGCACGCUCUUGAGUCCUCAUACUGGUCAUCAGCAACUUCCUCGCAGUCAGCUCAGUGGGACGUCGUACCGCCCAGAGGAACAGUAUGCCGAUGAGUACGCCGAGGACGAGAUUAGCUCGGACGUGCAGGAACAGCCCCAGUCUACUCUAGGCUCGCAUGCUGGGCGGGAGCCCGGACCCGAGGAAGAACCUGGGCCGCAUUAUCCUUCGCUUGGGGCUUCCUCGUUUGGACAUCGUGGUCCCAUACCGGGUUCUAGUACCGUCGAGAGCACUCCUAAGAAAGCCGCUGGUGUCCCUCUCCCCAACUCGACUCUUGCUCAGUCGACGACCAAAGUACGAAGCUCCCGGGCUGGUUCCCGCGCUUCUGCCUCUCAACUUGCUGCAUCUGCUAUGAAGGCGGGCACUACCGCUGCAGAGGAACGUCCGAUGUCACCUAAGGCCCCGACCAACUUGAGCAGAGCCAUGUCUCCUGCUCGUCCUGGAUCGAAGAACACUCAUCGCUCAGAGAAGCAAUCGACGGCAUACCCGCCGCUUCCCGAGAGUGUCACCGAGAGCCUGGCCGGUAACCGUUCGCGUCGAGCGUAUUCAAAGGCGCCUUCGCUCUCUCCGUCCGAUUCUCCGUCCAACUUCAAGCCUCCGCGUCCGCAAAGGAUACAAAAGGAGGCGACCUUGCCUCCAGUGCCAGCAUCGGCAUCUGGCGCCUCCGACGCAGAGGCAGCGUCGCGUGUUCGGUCGCACCGCACGGGAGAGGUCCGCUCUCAGGCUGGUGCCGGUGCGUCAGCGAUCCAGUCGGCGGUGUCUGGCGGCGGUCGCUCGCAACGCCCGCAAUCGCCUCCCAGGACCGCGCCUAUCGAGCAGGACCUCAUGCAUGCCGUGAUGACUGGCCAGCGCUCCGUUGUCAACGGAUCCGUUGCCAGCAGCCGCCGUGAGCCACGCGCUGCUUCCAAUGUGACGUCCUCGCGCGUGCAAUCUCCGGAUGAGAUGAACACAGCUGAGCAGGAGAUGGUUCAGAACAUCCUGCUCGGUCGUCCCGCCAUGAGCACCAACCGCACUUCGUACGCUGCGACAUCCGUCAUCGAGCCCAAUCACCUUGCACACUACCACGACGCUCAGCUCUGCAUUCUGCUUCACAAGCUCGAAGACGAGAACGAACAGGAGAUCGUGCGCAAGGCUGUGCGUAAGGCUGUCAAAGAGCGCGUGAAGAAGCUGGGUAUGAAAUUUGAUAACGAGACAAUCAGAGAUUUCCGGAAGUCGUAUCAUGACCACGAUCCUUCCAUUCAUCUCCAACCGCUCUACCCGCAACAGUCGCAAAUGCCUCCCAUCCAGGAGAACCCGGAGUGGGUGCACACGCUACUUGCCCAGAUGCAGAGCCUGCAGGAACAGGUUGCUGUACUUUCGCCCAAGAUCGAUGGCUUACUCAACUCGCCGCCGGGUAGUCAGAGAAACUACGAGUCGGAGGCGUACGCGCAAACGCCCAUCACGCAGACUAUCCACAUUCAGUCGAACCAAACUGGCACCGAGUCUGUGUUUGCGCCCGCGACUGAGGUCGUCGUUGAAACAGAGCUUGGUCAUCCCGAGGAGGAGGAGUACGAAGAAGAGGAAGAGGAAGCUGGUACGGAGGUUGCGCCGGAAACCGCUCCACAAAGUGUAACGCAAACCCGCGGCGUCAGCGAGUAUACAGCUCACCGCGACUCUCCUGGCCAACAGUACCUCGAAGAGGAGCUGUACAAGCUUCGCGUCAAGCCCAGCGGCAGUCAAUCCGCCAUUACCCAUAAGACCUGGGAACUCGCUCGUGAUGAUGGCGAGGAUGAAGAGUAUGACGACGAAGAGGACGACGCGCAUGUUGCCGUCACGGAGUCAGGGAUGCCCGAGAUCCCCGACUCGCAGGGCGGUUAUACCCGCCCGACAUCCCCUCCUGCGCCCUCUGAAAGCCAUCGCGAGGCGCCUCAGCCCGCCGAGAACCAUGGAUGGCACAGUGACUAUACCAACGAGUCGAACCAGCCUCCGCCGUGGCAGCGCAUCCACCAGCGGCUUCUUAACUGGGCCAUCGUCUGGCCAUUGUCGGAGCUGGACAAUGCAUACAACAGCACGCAGCGUGGUAACCAGGUCGAUGAGGUUGCGCUUAGCAUCUGGUCGACCCAAACGUACAAGCGCUAUGUGCGUAGUAAGAUGACAGAUGCUCCCCCAGGACGUGUGGACCGUCUCUUCGUACCUCCGAACAUGGCCGACGCCAUCUCCAAUGCGGUCUUCAACGGGCGUCACGGUGACGCUUCUGGUAUGCUUCGUGACCUCUGGCACCCAUUCGGCCUUGACAACAUGCCCCGUCUGCUCAUUGUCCUCGCUCGCCACCGCUCCGACGCGAACCACUGGGUGGUGCACCGCUUCUCUCUCCCCGACGGGACCCUUACAACCUACGAUUCGUACCCUGAGCGUUGUCUCCCGGACGGCCGCCCGUUGGGAUGGUGGUUCGCGAUCCGUAUCGCCUGGCCGCACGCGACGUACCCAAGCCCCGACAACCUCAUGCAAAAGAUGGUCCGUUUGCACCGACCCAUGCAACUCGGCAUCGAUAACUCGGUUGCGGCCGCCGGUAUCUGGCGCAACCUGCUCAUGGGCUCGCGCGCGGAGCGCAACCUCGACCUCGCUCGCCUUCGCGACCUCAUCAGUACGGAGACGGCCAACUUGCGCCAAAGGAAGCAGCUCGGGAAGCUGACGAUCGGCGCGCCGCGGCCGAACUGGGAAGACAUGAACUGA